GAUCCUGGCACAUGGAAUAUAAAGGCGUUUAGGCGUCUGUUUUCUACUUAGAAAAGACAGACUAUUCUAUCUUUUUAUGCAGAGAUUAGACGAGAACAUGCAUCCAGACUCCAGCACUGAGUUCGACUCAUCGUCCAGCUGUAGCACAGCAUCGCCUGGCGGGGACACCCCUGGGUGCAGCCAGCAUCUUCCUGACUCGCUUUCAUCAUCAGUGGACAGCGCCAAGGAUAUUGAGACCGGUGCAGCAGACUCCUUUGUUCCGACUGUGACUGCAAUCUCAACCUCGCCGGAUCUAAGGUGGAUGGUGCAGCCGACAGUCAUCACAUCUGUCUCCCCGGCGUCCGGCCGUGCCAAGACUCGCGGCGCGACCCAGCCAUCUUCCCCGGCAGGUGCAAACAAGGCAAAGCCCUCCAACAGGAAAGGGCUGAAAGACAAGCCUUCCAAAGAGGAGGAAGAGAGGAGGAGAAUCAGGAGGGAGAGGAACAAAAUUGCUGCAGCCAAGUGUCGUAACAGACGGAGGGAGCUGAUCGACACUCUGCAAGCGGAAACUGACAAGCUCGAAGACGAGAAGUCCGCCCUCCAGACGGAGAUAGAUGACCUGCUGAAGGAGAAGGAGAGACUGGAGCAGGUCUUAGCCUCCCACAAAUCAUCCUGCAAACUCGCUGCAAAUGACAAUGGCGAUGAGGAGGAGGAGGAGGAGGAGGAGGAGGAUAAUGAAGAUGAUGUUGACACAAUGCUGCAGGAUCCCCCGGCCUCCCCACAGCUGCUGUCCAUCUUAGAGAAUGGAAAAACCCCAGAGGGCAACACAACCAUUGGAGAAGCCGCCAUUGGUCAAGACAUGGACAGUGCACCUUGCAUCUCUGCUGCAGCCAUUUUGGGGAAUUCCAACAUCCUCCUGUGUUCCAGUGCAGAAGAGGAGGAUCUGGAGGACUUAAAAGGAGACGACCUGGAUGACUUGGUGCCCAGCCUAGAGAUGGCAGUGACUUCUGAGAUGGCUGUGUCUGUCCCUGACAUAGACCUGAGCGGCCCUUUCUGCCUCUCAGACUGGGAAACGCUGUACAAGUCUGUGGCAAACGACCUUGAAUCUUUGAGCACACCAGUCAUGUCUUCCAGUCCCACUUGUAGCAAUUUGCGCACAGUGUUUUCCUUUAAUUACUCUGAGAUUGAUUCCUUGGCUGAGGGCUUCGAGAGCCUCAAAGGCAGCCUCAGCACGUCUGAAUUAAUGAAAGAUAGUCUCAACUCUCCAACACUUCUGGCCUUGUGAAUGCAAAGAAGUUAUGCAAUGAUACUGUAAUUAUAUUCUAACCAGCCAGCAAGCUAUGAUCUCUCUCUCAAAUAAUCUUUUGUAGUGUGAGUUGUUGAUGUUGUGAAACUAAACAUCAAAGGUUGUGUAGAUGACAUGUUUUUCUGUGACUGUAAUGGGGUUGACUUCUUCCAUACUGUUGGUGCAAUUCUCUGAGAUGAGAAACUUUGUGCUGGUAACAAAAAUGCAUGCAAAUCCAAGUCAUCCGUAAUCCAAGAAGCGGUGGUAUCUUGUGUUUUUAAAAAUCCCUAAAUGUGAUGUGACGUUAGAUCAUGCUUGUAUAUGUAAUAUUGUUGACAAAGUUGUGUUGUAACACGUGAAAAUAGCAGGGUUACUAAUGUGUAGUGUGUAGGUGUAACAUCUUGCUGUAAGGUGUCCCCUAACUUGACAUGUCCUUUCAAGUGUUUCCAUAAAAAAAGAUUGCGUCAUGUAUUUUAUCAAGAUGUAUUUUAUGACAUAGUUUAUUUUUUUACUUAUCAAAGAAUAUCAGAUGCAAAAAAUUGUAUAACGCUGGAAAUAAAAUAAGACAACCACAAA